CUUUUUCACUUCUUUUUAUUCAUUUGUUGUUUUUGAUUUUUUCUGAUUUAAUAAUAAAAUGUUUUAAAUUGUUUGUUAUUUUGAUUUUUUUUUCUAUUCUUUUUGUCUGGAAUUUAAAUGGUGUUUUGAUUCUACUUCCUCUGUUAUCAAUGAUGGGCUGCUUCUGUUGUAAGUCUAAACGUCGUACAGAGGAUACAAGUAAUCAACCCUCCGGUGACAAUUUGACCAGUCGAUCACCAGGCCUCACCCAACAACACCAUGAAUUAAUCAGUGCACCCAUACAAAGUAAUUUGGAUUCUUCUCAUGUUCAUGUGUCUAAUUUAAGAAAUGGUGGACAACUUAAUCCUUCUGGAGUUGUUGGUGCCAGUGGUUCAUCUAAUCUGCCUGUUGUACCGGUUCUAAAUGAUGAUAGUUUACAUGGACCAGAGGAUCACCUUCUUAACAAUAGUAAAGUGUUUGUUGCCCUUUAUGAUUAUGAUGCUCGGACUGAGGAAGAUUUAAGUUUUAAGAAAGGUGAACAUUUAAUCGUGGUUAAUGAUACUCAAGGUGAUUGGUGGUAUGCUAAAUCAAAAUCAACCAAAUUAGAGGGAUAUAUACCCUCCAAUUAUGUUGCCAAACUGUCUUCUAUUGAAGCAGAACCAUGGUAUUUUGGAAAAAUCAAGCGAGCUGAAGCUGAAAAGAAACUUUUGAUGCCAGAAAAUGAGCACGGAUCAUUCCUUAUUCGGGACAGUGAAAGCCGUCGUAAUGAUUUCUCCUUGUCAGUUCGUGAUGGUGAUACAGUAAAACACUACCGAAUCAGAAAUCUAGACGAAGGUGGAUUUUUCAUUGCCCGUCGAAUACCAUUUAAAACCUUACAAGAACUUGUUGAACAUUACAACAAAGACGCUGAUGGUUUAUGUGUAAACUUAAGGAAACCCUGUAUUCAAAUUGAAAAACCAACUACCAGUGGUUUGUCACAUAGAGAUCAAUGGGAAAUUGAUCGAACCUCUCUCAAAUUUACCCGUAAACUUGGCCAAGGACAAUUUGGUGAAGUUUGGGAAGGUCUUUGGAAUAACACCACACCAGUAGCAAUUAAAACUCUAAAGACAGGAACUAUGGAUCCAAAAGAUUUCUUAGCUGAGGCUCAGAUCAUGAAGAAACUUAGACAUCCUAAAUUGGUACAACUUUACGCUGUUUGUACUUUAGAAGAACCAAUUUACAUCAUUACCGAAUUGAUGAAAAACGGAAGCCUUUUAGAGUAUCUUCAAGGAAAAGGACGUAGUCUUAAACUCCCCCAACUUAUUGACAUGUCAGCUCAUAUCGCCUCUGGAAUGGCCUACCUUGAGUCACAAAAUUAUAUACAUAGAGAUUUAGCUGCUCGAAAUAUUCUUGUUGGUGAGAAAAAUGUUGUUAAAAUUGCUGAUUUUGGUUUGGCUCGGUUAAUUAAAGAAGAUGAAUACGAAGCUCGUGCUGGUGCUCGUUUCCCAAUCAAAUGGACAGCACCAGAAGCCGCUAAUUUUAGUAAAUUCAGCAUAAAAUCGGAUGUCUGGUCUUUCGGUAUUUUAUUAACCGAAAUUGUUACAUAUGGUCGUUUACCUUAUCCAGGUAUGACCAAUGCUGAGGUAUUACACCAAGUUGAACAUGGUUACCGAAUGCCUUGUCCACAAGGAUGCCCGCAGGCACUUUAUGAGAUAAUGUUAGAGUGUUGGCAUAAAGAUCCAAUGAAAAGACCAACAUUUGAAACAUUGCAAUGGAAACUUGAAGAUUUCUUUACACUGGAUGGAUCCGAUUAUAAGGAAGCUUCCGGUGUCCACUAGGAUGUGUAACAUAAUUAACAACAAUUUAAACAUAUU